CACCAUCGCCACUCACCACUAACCAGCAAAACAAAAAAAAAAAACUUCCCACACUCUCUCACACACAAACAAAACACACACACCUCCGUUUUCCCAUAUGGGGCUCCUUUCAAUGGCAAUGGCAAAGGCAAAGGCAAAAGCCACAGGCACCACCACCCACACCACCGACAUGGGUCUUCUCUUAGUCUUCUUCCCUCAGAACCACAAUGCCCCUAACACAAACACCUCCUUCAAGAGAACCAACUCUAACAACCUUAUUCUCUCCAAGACCCAAUCAACUAUCUCCAUAUGUGCACUCCUCUUCUUCCUUACUCUCCUUCUCUUCACACUCUCCACAUUUGAACCCACUAACACACCUCAUCAUAACAACAACCAACCAACUAAACUCGCCCAAUCUAAAACCCAAAACCACAAUAAUUGGUUUUUACCAAAGCGCUUCUGGCCAAACACGCCCUUCAAGUCACAGCAUUCACAUUAUUCUCCCUCCAAGGCACUUCAGAGAAUGGGCACCUUAUACCGUAGAGGAACAAGAGCAAUGACCGAUCUAGUUAUCUGCCACGUGGCCGACGAAACCACCGUCCACGAAUUCCGUUAUUUUCUCAGAUUAAUCCACCGUUCAGGACUCACUGCAAGAACCGACGUCGUUUUUCUCUUCGCUUCUGGUUCUCUCUCCUCCUCCUUCGCGCCGGUUAUUCGCGAAGAGAACGAAGCUUUCUCCUCGCUUGUUGAGCUGCACUCUGAGUUGAACUCGACUCGAUGGAGCCAGUUACCUGAGUCAACGUUCGAUGUGACUCGCUUCUUUGUUAGGGUUGGGAAGAAGGGAGAGGAGAUCGCUGAACCGCUAUGGGGGAAGAAAACAAGGAUCAACUCGAGUGACGGUGAGUCGAGUCGCCGCGGCGGCGGUGGCGAGGUGAUGCUGAGUUACGGAUCGGUGCUGAGUUUCGACGCGGCGGAGCUUGACCCGGAGAACUCGCUCGCAGGGUUUCUGGACCGAGUUCCGCUGAGUCUACGGCGGUGGGCGUGUUACCCUAUGCUGCUUGGCCGAGUCAGACACAAUUUCAAGCACGUGAUGCUCGUGGACGUGAAGAACGCGGCGGUGGUGAAUGACCCGCUCGGCCGAGUCAGGAAUCGGAAGUCGGAGUCGGUUUUUCUGUUUGUGAAGCACGGGAAGAAGAACAACGACGCGACUCGGACGAGUCAGCGCCCGGUCAACCCGGCUGUCGUGAUGGGCGGCGCUCGCGGCGUCCGGCGGUUGGCAAAUGCGGUUGUGGUGGAGAUCGUGCGGGCAGCGAUGCAGCAAAGGAAGAGGAAGAAUUCAGUGUCCGAGUCAGCGAUACUGAGUCAACUCACCGGCGGGAACGAGUUCAUGUUGAAGGCGAAAGGCGUUGAGUUAAUGGAGCCGAGCGAGUCGAUCCCUGAUGCGAGUCAACUCAGUGGGCGAAACUCGAGCGCGUCGCUUUCAGAUUAUGCAAUAAUUCAACGCGGGACAACGAGUAAUCAUGAUUUAAUUAGUUCUGUUAUUAAAAAUCAAAUUUGUUCUUCUGUGGUUGAUUCAUCUGUCUAUAGAGAUUGCUAGCAAUUACUUAGCUUAAAAAAAUAAAAAAAUAAAACACUUAGUGCACACACAAAUUUUCACAUUGCUGUUGUCAUUAGAAUUAUUAAUUGUUUUUUUUGGUUGGUCAUAAAAGGUUCUCAGUCUAGCACUGUGAUUAUCAGUUUUGUUCUCAGUUAGUUGUACAUAUUUUUCAUGUUAAUUAUAUUUUUGUAUUCUUUUAUGUAAAAGCUAAACGGACUUUGGUUUUUUCAUAGUGAAUAAAAUGAGAUUUUGACCCUGCA